CACACACACACACACACACACACAUGGACGCAGGCUCGCGCACGCCUCCUGUCAUUCUGUAAUCGCAGACACUCGCAGACGCUCGGGAUCUGUGCUCCUCUAUGUGAAGUUUGCACACACGACCGGAGAAGACAAAAUAAAACCCUCCUUUUUCAUCCCUAUCAGGCGAUUAACAUCAGUCUGCUGAGCAGGCUCGGAGAAACGAGGUCACUUUUACAGUUUUUCAGCUGCACACCACACAGGCCUGAGCUGUAGGACAUUAUGACAGAAGUAAUGAACACCUGUGAAGCGGCUGUGGGGGACUACAGUGCAUCUGGAGACCAGAAGAUCGGCUUUCAGAUUUUCCCAGAAUCGCAUGAGCGAUACCCCAAGCUAUCCAAGCGCUUGCCAUCCAUCGUGGUGGAGCCCACUGAGAGUGGAGAUGUGGAGAGCGGAGAGUUGCGAUGGCCUCCUGAUGAUUUGAGCCCUACAGAUGAAACCAGAGAUCCUCCUGCACAGAAAGCAGGUGAGGAUCCGACAGCAGAGGUGGAGGAAGCUGGUAGAGUCGCAGCGAACUGAUGAACACUGAGUGGCACCAAUCCAACCUAUAACUAUGAAUGUCUUAAUGAUGGACAAGAAUGAGCAGGAGGCUCCUACAGUUAGGUCUGACUACAGUAUCACCCGCAAUAGAGCCACCCACCUGUUGAUAGACCGAUCCAGUAGGGGGAGCUGAAGCUUGAGAGACUUUUCUGAAAUAACUUGCGUGCCAAACUCUAGUGGUAGCCAGCUACAGUGAUUAAAUUAUACCUUCUUCUUUUCUAUAGCAUUAUAAUUAUUCUCUAAAUCUGUACCUGUUUUUAAGUGAUUUGGACCAAAGUUAAAUAUUAAAUAGAAAUAUUUGACGUUAUCGAUCUACCACACACCUGCUUAUCAUUUCAAGCAAUGUACAUGCUUAGGUUUUCUGCAGUAGGAGUUCUUAACAAAUAUAAAGGACUUUCAAAAUGUAAAGUAGAUUAUAUUUUAUAGUGUGUUCACAUAUAUUCAGUUCAGUUUACAGCAGCUUUUAAUUAAAAAAGUGCUCCAGAAAGCAGCUGCCUGAGUAACUGUAUCUUCACUUGGCUGUAUUUUAAUCAGAAAGGAAACUUGGCAGAAAUCCGGGCUGAGAACGUCAUUUGAUAUUAUAAUACAUCAUUAGUGUUCUCUGUAUAAUUGCUAGCUGGCUAACUAAGCUAGUUCUAAGUUAGUCAUAUAACGUAGCUCCAUAAACUGAGGCUGCAUCAUGCUAGCUAGUUCAAUUUCUGAAAAGUUCAACUUUUCAAAUGCUCUGAGCACAAAUGACUGUUAUAUCUGUUUAAGCAAAAAUGUAAUAAAUGUUAACUAUCUAUGAAACAACAAUUCACCUACAUUGGUAAAAAUAUUGCUCCAUCGAAUUGACAGUUUGGUUCAUCGUGCCUUCUGUCUGUCAUGUCCUAUGAACAAUAUUGUGGAAUACCUGGGGGGGGGCUGGUGAGAGCAUGCUGCGUUGCCUUUAAUUAAGGAUACCUUGGUGUACAGCUGUAUUGGACACCCUUUAUCUAGAGAGCAUGCUAAUGUAAUUAUGUAUAAUCCCGGGAGCAGUUGUCUGGUUGGAAAACACAGAAAACCAACUUGUAUGUUUUGCUUAUUCUUUCUUUCUUUCUUUCUUUCUUUCUUUCUUUCUUUCUUUCUUUCUUUCUUUCUUUCUUUCUUUCUUUCUUUCUUUCUUUCUUAUUUAGUUUAUCUGUCAGAUUACUGCUUCUUGCUAUUGCUUCUGCCUCCAUUUUCAUGAACAAAGAUGUUGUUUUUAACACGACAUAUUACGUAUGUAUAAUUGCCUUUACCUAACUCAUUCUAAUCCAAUAUAUAUAUAUAUAUAUUUAAAGUCACGAGUCAUCUUUCAAGGACCAAAAAACCUCCAAAUAUCCAGUUAAUUUAAAAACAUGACAAAAAUACACACAUUUUUCCAGAGUCGAUCACUUUUUAAUGACUUGCAUGCUCUGCCAACAUAUUAAAAGCAUUUAUGUUAAGAUCAGAAAUGGCAGUGCCUUUCUACUGACAGAUGUCAGGUGUGAGAUGAUAGGGGUAUCGAAUUGAGAUGGUGGUGACACAAGCAGUGAGACUGGCGACACACACUCUGCAGCAGCUGUCAGCGUCCGAAGUCUGCCAGAUGUCCAUUUCACAGACAGAAUGGAUGUCCUUGCCAUGCCACUGUAAUCUUGGCUUAAAUUAAUUUCAGUGAGAUGGUGUAAUAAAGAUAGAGGGUGUUUGCUAUUUACCUAAACAUUGUCUAAAUUAGGUUGUUUUGUGAUUAUUUAUCACUAAUAGCUGGUAUCCGUUGUAUCUGGGUAAGCUGAAUUCAAAGGUGUACCACUUCACAGUCACCUUCCUUUCUUCUCGGUCACUGAAAGGAUACCAAAGAUGGCUGUCACUUAAAUUUAUUCCUCAUGGAUGGACACUCCAGCAGCAGAGCCCUAAAAACACACAGGUGACUCUAGGGAAAUAA